AUGAACUUAGAUGAUACACUGUGGGCAUACUGCAUUGUAUAUAAAACUCCAAUUGGAACAACAACCUUUUGGCUGGUUUAUGGGAAAUCAUGCCACCACCCUAUCGAACUUGAACACAAAGCCAACUGGGCAAUUCAGACCCUGAAUUUUGACCUCAAAGCUGCUAGUAAAAAAAGACUAUUACAGCUCAAUGAGUUGGACGAAAUCAGGCAGGAUGCGUAUGAGAAUGCCAUGAUUUUUAAAGACAAGAUCAAAAGAUGGCAUGAAAGAUGCAUAGCAAGAAAAGAAAUAAAAGAAGGAGACCUUGUCUUGCUCUUCAACUCAAGGUUAAAACUUUUUCCAGGGAAGCUGAAGUCAAGAUGGUCCAGACCCUUUAAGUUUGUGCAAGUCUUCCCGCAAGGAGCUGUAGAGAUUUGGAGUGAAACCUCAAGUGCAUUCAAAGUGAACGGGCAAAGGCUAAAGCCAUACUUUCAGGGAGAACCCAUAGAGAAGGAAGCCAACUACACCUUUGAUAACCCUCCAGAUAGACUGUGA